AUGUACUCGCUAGUGUUCUUUCUUUUCCUUCAAGUCAUCUCGGCUGCUCCUCUUCCCAGAGUGAUCACCCGAAUGCACACGGCUCAGGCCAUCACUUCUACCUUCACUACAACUACAGGCACCACCACUGUGUGGUUGCCACCUGUUGAGAUCUUCAUUUCCAAUGGAGUCACAUACACAUUUACAAUGACUGAGGGUCAAUGGGCCACCACUCCAGUGACCACAACUUCAAUUUACAACAAGGCAGUAGAUGUUGCUACUACUGCUGAGACCACUCCUGCUGCUGAAACUACUCCUGUUGAUCAGAAUACUCCUGCUGCUGAGACUAAUGCUGGUGAGAACGCUCAAGGCAAAAACACUCCACCUGCUGCUGAAACUACUCCUGUUCAAGCUGCUACUACUCCAACCACUCAGGCAGCAGCUCAGACCUCGUCUGCAACUACUCAGACUUCUGUCAUUACUCAGACUCCAACCAUCUCCAACAUUGUCGUUGACACACCAACAACAUCAACCACACCAACAACAUCAACUACACCAGCAUCUUCAACUACACCAACAACUUCAACUACACCAACAACUUCAACCACUUCCACUUCUUCCACUUCUUCCACAUCUUCCACAUCUUCGUCUUCUCCUUCUGGCGGAACCAUUAGUCCUCCAAGUUACAUUGUUUACAGUCCAUACGCAAACGACAGAUCGUGCAAGGACUACAACACUAUCAAGAGUGACUUGGAGUUGAUCCAAUCAAAGGGAAUCAACAAGCUCAGAAUUUACUCCACCGACUGUGCUACUCUCACUGCCAUUCUUCCUCUUGCUCUGACUAUGGGCAUGAAGGUCAACCAGGGCUUCUGGAUCUCAUCUGCCGGUGUGGACUCCAUCGACUCCAACGUUUCGGACUUGAUCGACUGGGCAGGUGACAACGGCUGGGACUUGUUUGAGUUCAUCACCAUCGGAAACGAGGCCAUUCUUGCUGGCUACUGUUCCGUGUCCGACUUGAUCUCCAAGAUCGCAAGUGUCAAGGCAUUGUUGAGAGAAGGUGGCUAUACUGGACAAGUCACUACGUCGGAGCCUCCAGCUACCUUUAUUGCCAGUCCGGAAUUGUGCACGGAAUCGGAAAUUGACUUUGUGGGUAUCAACUCCUACUCCUACUUCAACGCUAACUUGUACCCAUCCCAGGCUGGAGAGUACGCCGUUGGCCAGCAAGCACAGAUCGCUCAGCUUUGCUCCAAGAGUGCUUUCAUCACAGAAUCAGGCUACCCACACCAGGGAGACACUCUUGGAGUCAACGUUCCAUCUCCAGAAAACCAGCACAUUGCAAUCAAGGCCAUCAUUGAAAGCACUGGAGGAGAUGUGACCAUUUUGACCACGUUCGAUGAUUUCUGGAAGGACCCAGGACAGUAUAACGUCGAGCAGUACUUUGGAACGAUUGACCUUUUCUAA